AUGCUGGGUCUCUAUGGUAUGAGGAAGAGUUAUGCUGAGAAGAAGAUACGCAGUUUUGUCUUCCGCACAAUACCAAACCACGGUCGAAGCUACCCCAAGGACCAGCCUCUUGACGAAGAGAGCCUUGCCUACCAAUUAUCCACUGCUGAGCUUUAUGAGGCGGCCAAGCCGUUUGCGCUCUGGCACAAGGACAUCAUGCAUCAGACGCUAAAGCAGUAUCGACUCGCCAAAAGUGAAGCCGAUGACUAUAUUAAGUCUGGGGCGCUGGACGGAACGACAGAUGUGUCUACAGUGAUGGUGCGCCAGACAAUGGAGCGUAACCAAGAGCAAGUCAUCGCCACCCUGCGCGACUGUAUUCAAGGAAUGCAAAAAGCCAUGCAGUCUGCGGCUGACCAGACUACCCUGGGCGUAUUCCUCGUUAACUCCGAUGUUAUGCAGUUACUGGAGCUGCCUCACCUCGAAGACGGCCGUCUUGUCAACGUAAUCAGGGAUGUCCUUGCAUUGCUGCAGAAAUUUUUGAGAUUACAGAAGUCCACUACGACCCACAAAGAGAGCCAGACGGCGAGUGAGGAUAGUCAAGAUUAUGGUGAUUUUCCUGACAUGGACGACCUGGACGAUCUGGAGCAGCACAAUGACAUAGCUGCACCCCAGCACAAAGGCCUUGAUUUCAUACAAAGCCCGUUAUGGCAUCUGUUGUCCAACGCCUUUGGCGCAGAGAUGUCACCAGACGACAAUCUACUUCUGGAUUGUGUGGAUACUUGGAGCCUCUUCGCUCAAGUACAAGUGACAACUGGAGCGAGAUCAUGGUCAUAUUUUCUGGAUUCGUUCAGUCAAAAGUCAUGGCAGCAAUUGCGACAGACUGAACAAAGUCGCAAAUUCGCCCCGUACUUCCUCGCUCGUCUCGCUGAUAGCGACCGCAUGGCCUAUGAGCACCACCAGCAUGACUUCAACAAUGCACUGCUGCUUUCAUUAGUAGACCGGGAGUCGAUGCUCAGGUUUCAACACCGCCUCCUACAUGCUAUCGUCACAGUCGACAAGGCCAACCCGCUGAUGAAAAACCUCCCGUUUUUUUGCGACCCCAUCAGUGGUAACUGGGACAUCACUUCCGAUACUCUGCGAUCACGGCGUCUUGCCCUUAUCUCGAGUAUCUUGUCAAACAUGCGAGACGAGCUACACUUAACAGCGGUCGAAUCCAUGGCACAAGUGUCAGAAGUGCGUAGGGCUUACACAACAAUGUUGCAGGAAUUCAUGAUGAGGAUGAAGGGCAACUACCUACAGCUUCAGCAAGGCGCCACAGUAACCGGAGCAUACGUGGACUUCGUCCAGAAGAUUGUGCAAUUUCUCAAGCAGUACACUGGGGACAUCUGUCCAGUGAUCCCAUUCUUCACAGACUCGGUCGCAUUCCCGUUACCAUCAAAAGACCCCACAUAUGUUGUAGGCCGUCUGUGUGGGUAUGCACCUAAAGCCAUGGAGCCAGGCACAUCCAAGCAGCUGUCUGUCUUCAUACAGACCGUUGCACAACAAGCCGCAGCCGAUCAUCAGCAACAGUACCUUGUGACCCAGCUUACCACGGCCGUGUGCUCGAAUGAGACUCCAGCCGCGGACAGGACAGCGCUUCGUUCAGUCCUUCUUCAGAGCAUCUUCCCGUCCUACCUUGAGAGAUCCUUCUCAACCGGUGCCGCAUUCCUCAUCGCAAACCCGAUAUUGCAAUGUCUGCGGCCAAUACUAGAUACUAUGAUCUUUGAUCUACGCAUCACCCGACCAGACAGCGUCUCAACCAUCAUGAAUUCCAUCAUUGCGGUUGCACACGCCUUCAUCCGAGGCACUGAGCACUUGACAGACUCACCGACGCAUUUUAAACAACCAUACGUGCUCGCUGCUUCAACAUAUAUGCUUGGAGCCAUGGGUGUGAUCUUACCAGUCUUGGAAUACAUAUGCAGCCAAACCGGAACCAAGACGCACCCACUUGUCGCAUACAUGAGAGACUUCAGUAUGUUCGUCAUGGAGAGACUACGAGAUAUGGAGCCGCAAACGAUCCCAGACUACGAAGGCGAUGCACACACCACGACGGCGGGCGAGCAGCACAGUCACCUACUAGCGUUCUGUAGAAGAGGGUUAGAAGACAGCUUGAAAGCCAACUGGAGCGAAGAUGCAACUGGGACAGUACACUUCGGCCAAGGCCAUGCGAGGAAAGAAGUUGUCUUCGACAUUGGGAGUGUGGAGGAAGAAAGGGAAAGACUAUUGGCAGCCGUCGAGGCAUUCCAAAGUGCCCUGUGUAGCGUUUAUGGAGAGGGAGAUUAUCAUGAGAACACCGUCGACUUGGCGUAUCAUGUUGUAGUUUAG